UAGGAGGCUACGGUUAGAAUUAAAAUGGAGGACGCCAAGUAGAUGAGUGUGUGGCCGGUACGAUUUGGUAUGGAAGAAUAGUGACUGUUAUUUAGGUUUGAACUCUAAGAAAAUACCCGACUUCCAUGAAUUCUUACACUAAUUAUACGUAUAGAAAAGAUGACAGUUCUUUUGGAAGAGAAUGCAGCGGGCGAGUCUAGCAGCUCUCCACCACGAAAGAAACUUUGCCUUUCUCUGUCAGCAAGAAAUAAGCUGGUCGGAGUACCUCAUAACAAGGCAGCACAUGUGAACAAAAAUAAUCCCAACAACGCUGCUGGGAACGAUUUCAAAGAUAAAUAUUCAAAGUUGAGCACAUCUUCUACAAAGUCUAAUUCAUCCUCAGACGUUGGAAGGGGCGAGAAGGCUCCAGCUGCACUGAAAAAUUCUGAGGAGGGUUCUUUGCUGUCUGUUGUCACAGGUACAGCCAUGCUGAACGGAUAUCUGGCAGGAGACAGUCACAAGAGUUCUACAGACGACAGUCCAGGCAGUGAUACAGGGGUGGGCUGCUCCCCUGUAGCAACUCUGUGUAACCUUGGUAACACAUGUUUCCUGAACAGUGUUAUAUACACAUUGCGAUUUGCCCCAGCUUUUCUGCACAACUUGCACCAUCUAGCAGCUGACUUGGGUGACCUGACCUCAAAACAACAGCAAGUUAAGGUAAAGUCGUCAUCACUGGGACGUAAUGUGACGAGCACCAGUAGUGGUAAGAGCUGGAGCAGCAAGGAUCUGCUGUCCCUUGCGAACUCGGGCGACCCAUUGCAGUGCAAGUCAAGGAUACAAGUUGCUACUGAGCGACUGCAUGACCUUUAUGAGUCGCUGCAUUCAGCAGAGAUUAAGGAGAACAGUGAUCCUUUCCAGCCAGAUGUAUUCCUCCAUGCUCUCAGAGAGGUGAAUCCGAUAUUCGAGGGCAAUCAACAGCAUGACGCUCACGAGUUGCUGGUGUGUCUUCUUGACAACAUCCGUGAGACAUGUCGCUUCCUGGCUGACCAGCAGAAGCUAGCCAAUGAACAGCACAUGGCGACCAACAGUGCACUGUUAUGUGAUCCGCUUGAGACAACGGUGAACCUUCAUCAGACAUCAUCAUCAAACAGCAGCAAAUGGGGUGUUCGCAAGUCUUGGAAACGGAAGAAGGUGUCAUCUUCUUCUCAGAAGAAUGCUACUAGCAAUGGACUCCCAAAUGGUAUUGGACCAGAACAUCCUCACCUAAUGAAUGGGGGUGUUGGAACUCGUCUGUCUGCCAUUGGAAUUUCAGAGAAUGGACAGUCCUCAUCAAACUCGACGUGUCCUGCAGAUAUCACAACCAGCUGCAAGUCGGAGACACAGCAACCAGAGAAGAGUACAGGAAAGAAGGCUGGGGUAGGAUAUAACUUUGUGACCAACGACUUUGAAGGUGUGACAGUCCUGUGCACAACAUGCCUGGAAUGUGAGCACACAACAGAGCGGAAAGAGACCUUCUGUGACAUCUGUGUUCCGAUCAUGACAGCAGAGCAGGACAGUGAUGAAGAGGCACUCGCUGUUUCAGGUGACCUCCCACAGCGUGUCAGCGAGGUGUAUCAGGCAGCGAUUGUGACGAGUGAGAACUUACGAGACUUGAACAAAUACUGGUGUGAGCAGUGUCUUCGCUACAAUGAGGCCCGGCGCUCUGUGCGGUACGAGACUCUUCCGAAGUUACUGGUGCUCCAGCUCAAGAGGUUCUCGUCGACGUUUGGGUCCAUGGUGUGCAUGUCGAAAGUCAAUGACUACAUGCCCACUCCUCUCACGCUUGCCUGUUUCUGUGAGCAGUGCUGCCCCAUCGCAGAAGACCAGCGUCCUCACCGCUACGAGCUGUUCGGAGUAAUCAUGCACCUGGGUGCUACCAUUGCUUCGGGCCAUUAUGUUGCAUAUGUGAAGGCGUCGGAGAAUGUGUGCGACUACUACCAUUGCGACCGAGAUAAGAGGAAAUCUUCAAGCCUGAGCAGCGCCAGUGCUGGGGGAAAGACUGGGAGCAAUUCCUCGGGAGACAAGAUGGGGAGCAUCCUCAAGUUCUUCAGGCCCAGGUCCUCUAACAGCAAUAAUGCGGAUGUUCCAAACAAACAGCACCACAGCACGGGAAAUGGCGUGUAUUACAGGCACACAUGUAGGAGCAUGGAUUGCUGCGGUGUUAGGUUGAACCGUUCUCUCAUGAAUGGGGCAGAUCCCACGAUUCAAAAAUCUCAGAUGAACGGUUUGGAUAUCGGCGUGUCUGUGGCUGUCGUCGAUACGUCGGUACCAGAGCCAGUUUGGCUUGAAUGCGACGACGAGACUGUCCGGUUGCUAACGAGGAAAGAGUUUGAAGACGUUCUGGCGCCAAAACCAUCGAAGAGUUCUGCCCUAACACCAUACCUGUUGUUCUAUUCGAAGUGCCCAUGAUUUCUGGUGGGUUGAUCUAGCAACUUAGUGUACAUAUGUUGAUUAAGAUCGCAGUUACUGUCAAAGAAGCAUGGUGCAACGCGGCCAGCGGGACUGCUAUUGUUCUUGGAAUUCAUCGGCAUUUGUUCCAGUUUGAGCUUCGUCGGGUUUGGUUUGUAUGGGGGUUUCAGCCCUGAAAUCGGCCAGUUACAUACUUUUUAAAGAAACAUUUUAAUACUCAUUUGGCCUGGUGCAGUAUUUAAAAACUCUUUGAGAUGUUUGCACGUGCAAAAAUGAGAAAUUUAUUGCAAAACUUAAGAACUUUAGAAGUUUAUGAUGCUUAUUACUCACAAGGUAUUGUAUGUCGUUUGAUCAGUAUUCCAUAUGAGCACAUGAUAAUGUGUAAAGGAGUUAUAUACUUGUCUGCCAUUCUUCUUUAUAUGAUAGUCAUUCCUGGACCAGUUCUUUGAUGUGGCGUCCUGCGUCUGCUUCGUUCGCUGAUAUUUUCGUCGGCAGAAGAAUAGAAUUCAUUUGAGAUAAAUGUAAACGUUUUAGUUGCAGUAACAGUAGUUGUAAGUGUCCGUACAUGUCUCAGAUGUAGACAUAAAUUGCUUUCUGUCGUCUUAUCUGAUGACCGGAAUAGUAUAUCUGAAGAAAGACCGAUGUCGUAAGUGCUGCUGAUUAUGAAGCUGUCUCUGGACCACCUAUAAAGUACUGUGUGUCUUUAAUUUCAGGUAGUGAGUGGAGAUUUAUCUGCCUGCCGCAGAUAAGCCUGUGUAUUGAUGGUCUUUCAUUUGUGUGCCCUCAUGAUUAUUACUAUUAUUAUUGGAAGUUGUCGGGUAUUUGUAUUACUAUAAGAAACUAAUAUUAACUAGUUCCUAGCAAUGCAGUUGAUGGAAUUGUUGCAUCAUGAAUCUUUGAAUGGGUGCAAUAAUUACAAGAGUUUUCUGCUUUCGGUUUAUUUUUAAAGAAAGGAAAGCAAUUAACUAGCCAUUUUAUUGCCUAUUUUGUUAUUAGGGUACACCAAACUGCUUCCAGUUCAAUUGUGGGUACGUUCAGUGUUUCAGUAUGCGUUUAUUUUUCUGGUUGUAAAAUAUGUAAGUAUGAUACGUAUAUGGGCAUUUAAAUUUUUCAUGAGUCGUCGCUGCAAUACGUAAGGCCGCAGGACGAUGAACACGUGGAAGCUGCAUAUGGCAGACUUCAUAAUUCCAAUUGUGUUUGUGUUUAUUUUGUGCAUUUGUAAGUUUUAAAGUGGUGUUAAAACUUGGGAACUUCUAUGAUCUUAUCUGACCGUGAUCUCUUAAAACUGCAUGGUAUCUCUCCAGUGCAACAGUACUUCUGUGAUUUGAGUUUUCUAUGCAAAAUAUGUAAUUCAAGAAAUCGGGAAAAUGGCGUUGCAGGCUUGCCAAUGAAAGAAAUCACAUUUAACAGUGUCAUCAGGCUCGAAAGUUCAGCUUGCUCCUCGUUAGUGUGCUUUUAUAUUUAUGAUAUUCAGGUUUGGUGGUAAUAGUUCCAGUUCCAUGUUGGUAUUAUUUUAGUAAAGUUCCUCAUGUGGCACUUGAAACAUCCAAAUUGUUGGACACAUUCAUUGCCUUCAGACAUGUUAAUGUGUUAUACAGUGUGUUGUCAAGUUUGUUUAAAAAAACUAGAUCAAUCCAAAAUAACAACUCAAGAUUCCAGCAGAUUACUAAAUUUAGUAAUACAUAACUAAACGUGUCACUAAAUAUACCUGUUAACGACAAAAAUUUUUUUGAAAUGGAGAGACUCCGUCGUUAAGAAGGGAAACAGAACGAGCUGGAUGAGUAAAUCAUGGUGGAGGAGAUGAUCAUGUCCUCUUGUUUGUUUUCAGACACCAUUUAUCAGUGAAUCAUCUAUUUCUCACAGAAGCAGGUCUUACUGUGUGCUAUAUGACUUUUACAUUCCAUAGUUUUUAUCGCUGGACCCAACUGUGAACUUACUACUUCCAUCAGAGUCCAUCUCAGGAAAUUGUUAGUUACUCAGUUGGUGAAGACAUUAUGACCUCCCAUGAAACCCAAAGGUCCAUCACUUUGUUCAUCAGAUCACAUUCUGUGCCGUGAUAAAGAAAUUUAUUUUCAUUUUCUCCUGCCCGCCUACGUUAUUUCUCCUGGAUUUAAAUUUUGGCAGUUGGUUUCACCACUCUUUGAUGUGAUGCCAAUAACAUGGAAGGAGGUAAUGUAAGUAGGAUUUUCGGUUUUCACGGCGGUGAGUCCGAAGAUAGCCGCCUUCUGGGUUGUUCACGUAGUCUGGUGGAAGUUUACCGACAUUUCAGAAGUCUGUGCUGCCUCCAUCAUCAAGGCAACUACUCAGAACCCAGAAGACAGCCAUGUGAGGAAAUGUAACUUUCUUCCGACAAGUCUAAAUUAUAUGCUCUGGCCGGUGCCUGGACCCACAGUGACCGGUGUCACACCAGAGCACGUACCAGUGACAUGUCAUGUGACGCUGCCUUUUAGUGUAUUCUGCAGCAAAGACAGCUUGAAAUGUGUGUUUUAUUGUGUAUUUUGAUGCUUGGCUGGUGAUUGUAAGUUGGAAACUUUUUAGAUUUUACUAAGUCUAAUUGUAUGCCAACAUCAAAAUGGGAUGCUCAGACUUAAGUAUGAAGCUUAAAGUAGUAUGAUGAAAGAUUCUCGGGCCACAAGCCGCGUCAGGCGGCUUACAGCCGGAGAAUCUUUCAACUUCAGCAACCGCCACGGUUGUCUAGCGGUUAGAACGCUGGGCUUGUAAUACUGGGCUCUCGGGUUCGAUUCCCGGCGGUGCUCAGAUUUACAACUUGUGUUGGGCAAGGCCGUGGUCCAGGCAUCACGGAGUUUUCCUCCAGGGUUUCUCCGUGUCAUCCCAACAAUUACUCCAUUUUCAUCAUCAUCUCGCAAAAAGGGGGUCACAGCAGGAGCGUUAAAUAUCGCGGUCCCGAUCAAACCCAUGUCCAUACGUGUCUUCAUGUUUGUACUGUCGUGUGCAUUGACCAUGUGGGUGGACUUCUGGUGGGACUUGAGAGCGCACAGCAAGUAGGGGGUAGGUCUGUCUUGUAAAGAACUUGUUGCAUUCCGUUGUCACUUGUGAGUAUAUUAGGUUAUGAGGACAUCUUAAACUUUUCCAUGAAGAUGUAGAGAAUGCAGAAUUAUUCAUUAUACAUCUCCACUGUAGCUACAUUAUCAAAUAAAUAUUUCCAUGACCACAUUUGAAUUUUAGUGCCAUAUUGUAAUAUUUUAUAUGCAAUUAGAAGUUAGGGGAUGGACUUGAAGAUUAUGUUUUUCAGUUUUCAGAUUUUUUGAGUACCUAUUAGAAUGAGUAUUUUUCUGAAUGUUAUAAAUCCUACUUUAUCGAGGUUGCAUUUUGUUGAUGUGGCAAACUUAAAGUGAUCUGCAGUCAAACUUUCUUUCCAUAUGAGUUGUGGCGGAGCAAAUAUCACGUUUGAUGCAUCCGUGAAUUCCAAACUACUUUCACCAUUACCUCCCAGUACCAGUUGGGGCCCAAAGGCAUCCUGGGUGCAGUUUUGAGGAAAAAAUUUCUUGUCCUGCCAUGGCAGAAAUGGGCUAUCACGACUCAUAUGGAAAGAAAGUUUGACUGCUUCACAUUUUGCAGUUGUGAGAAACUUGCGUAGAAGAUUCAGAAAAUAUUAAGAUUAUAAAACUACUGUAAGCCGGAAAAUGUUUUGUCACAUCAAUAUGUCUGCACGUUGAACACAUCUGAAACAAAAAGUACACAGCAAAAUUUUGUUCCUUUAAUUAUGUAUGUGUUAUGCAUUUAUUUUUAUUAGACAUCUAAUAGAUUGCAGCACUGGCCAUGUACAAUUGCUAUUGCUGAGGAACUAAACUUAGUCACUGCCUCUGUGCAGAACAUUCUGCGUAAUACUGAAACACUGAAACGUGCGGCGAGAAUGAUGUGAAGUGUAGAUCGCUGUAUGCUGUGUUUUCUCUCUUUAAAAUUUCCUACAGCUCCACAUUCCAGUGAAAUAUGACCUUUUUUCAUAAAGAAAGAAAAAAAUGGGUACAAAUUGUUGAGUGGUGAGAUUUGGCAGGAACGAAAGAAGGCCUUUCAUAAAAAUAGUGCACGUCUGACCAGGCCGCACGCUGAGAAUUAUUUGUCAUGACGCGGAUGAAGCAUUUGUUUGCUUUUGUGGAGUAAGUGAAUUAGUGUCGCUUGCAGUCUACAAGUUCUUACCGAUUUCAGCGUUAAGGCCUCGUUCUUGUACAGGUGUUUCACGGGCAAAUUGUUCGUGAUGAUAUUUGUCAUCUGUUAUCACAUUGGGGAUAUAUCAUAUAAGUUUUUCAAGAUGAUAGAAGAAGAAAAUGGAAAUUCAUUGAAGUUGGUUCAUAAUAUUUGCUAGCAUAUAAUGUUUACUUUUAAAUAAUUCAUAAUAAAGAGCUCUCAGAA